AUGUCUAGCUUCGUAGGAGGAGUUCUCGUUUCUGAUCAAUGGCUGCAGAGCCAGUUUACGCAAGUCGAACUUCGCAGCCUUAAAGCAAAAUUCUUAUCAAUGGAGAAUCAGAACGGUAAAGUUAAAGUGGUGAAUUUGCCUUCUUUGAUGACAAAACUAAAAGUAUUUUCUGAGAUGUUCAGUGAGGAGGAGAUUAGGAGAUCAUUUGAAGAAAUUCAUUCGGAUAUGAACAGUGAGAUUGAUUUCGAAGGCUUUCUCAAAACUUAUUUGGACUUACAAAAUCGAGGGAAUGCCAAAUUGGGGAAUUUGAAAAACUCGUCAUCGUUCCUCAAGGCCACCACCACAACCCUUCUUCACACCAUCAGUCAGUCGGAGAAGGCUUUGUAUGUUGCCCAUAUUAACAGCUACCUCAGAGAUGACCCAUUUCUGAAGCAGUUCCUUCCAAUUGAUCCAUCUACAAAUGCUUUAUUUAAUCUUGCAAAAGAUGGAGUCCUUUUAUGCAAGGUGAUAAAUGUUGCUCUACCGGGAACAAUAGAUGAACGGGCCAUCAACACCAAACAAGUACUUAACCCAUGGGAAAGAAAUGAAAAUCACACUCUUUGCCUCAACUCUGCAAAAGCUAUUGGCUGCACAGUAGUCAACAUUGGUACACAGGAUCUGGUUGAAGGAAGACCUCAUCUGGUACUUGGGUUAAUUUCUCAAAUUAUAAAGAUCCAACUAUUGGCAGAUCUUAACCUUAGAACGACACCCCAGCUUGUGGAACUGGUGGAGGACAAAGAUGAUAUUGAGGAACUUAUGGGAUUAUCGCCAGAGAAGAUCUUGCAGAAAUGGAUGAAUUUCCAUCUCAAGAAAGCAGGCUACAAGAAAACUGUUACAAAUUUUUCUUCAGACUUGAAGGACGGAGAGGCUUAUGCUUACCUGCUCAAUGUACUUGCACCCGAGCACUGCAGUCCCGCCACCUUAGAUGCCAAGGAUCCGGCUGAAAGGGCUAAUUUGGUUCUUGAACAUGCAGAGAAAAUGGACUGCAAGAGAUAUCUAACUCCGAAAGACAUUGUUGAAGGCUCUGCCAAUUUGAAUCUUGCAUUUGUUGCUCAGAUAUUCCAACAAAGGAAUGGCUUGUCUACAGACAACAAAAAGAUCUCUUUUGCCGAGAUGAUGACAGAUGAUGAGCAAAUAUCUAGAGAGGAAAGGUGCUUUAGACUAUGGAUAAACAGUCUAGGAAUUGCCUCUUAUGUCAAUAACUUGUUCGAGGAUGUUAGGAAUGGAUGGAUUCUUUUGGAAGUACUGGACAAAGUUUCUCCUAGAUCUGUCAACUGGAAGCAUGCAACAAAACCUCCAAUAAAAAUGCCAUUCAGAAAAGUAGAGAAUUGCAACCAAGUUAUCAGGAUUGGGAGGCAGUUGAAGCUUUCGCUAGUAAACGUAGCUGGGAAUGAUAUUGUACAAGGGAAUAAGAAACUCAUACUCGCCUUUCUAUGGCAGUUAAUGAGGUUUAAUAUGCUUCAACUCUUAAAGAAUUUAAGAUCCCGUUUCCAAGGAAAAGAGAUCACCGAUGCUGAUAUCCUAAGCUGGGCAAACAAAAAAGUGAAGGGUACUGGCAGAAAAUCUCAAAUGGAAAGUUUCAAGGACAAAAGUCUUUCAAGUGGAUUAUUCUUCCUUGAGCUUCUCAGUGCAGUCGAGCCUCGAGUUGUUAAUUGGAACCUCGUUACCAAGGGUGAAACUAAUGACGAGAAGAGGCUGAAUGCUACUUACAUAAUCAGCGUUGCAAGAAAGCUCGGGUGUUCCAUUUUCUUGUUACCCGAGGACAUUAUGCAGGUGAACCAGAAAAUGAUCCUUUCUUUAACAGCUAGCAUAAUGUAUUGGAGCCUUCAGCAGCCAGUUGAAGAGUCGGAUUCGUCUCAAUCGCCUGGUGCUUCUAGUCGAGGUGCAUCACCUGAACCUUCAAUCGAUGGCAUUAAUGAUUCUUUAUCCCCUGCUUCUUCACCUGCUGCAAAUGCUUCCUGGGAGGCAUCCCCAGCACCAUCUAUUAGUACAGAUCAUGAUAGCUUGCUUGCUACUGAAGUAUCAAAUAUGAUCAUUGAUGAUGUGAUCUCCACUUCAGAUGUAGACAAUGCAGACUCGGAUACACAAUCACAAAAUGAACGCUAG